UGCCUCAGUUAGUUUCAUGACAAGGUUGUACUGAAAUCAUAGCUAGCUACAGUUUCCUGAUCAUGAUGCGUCUCUCACUCGUUCAGCUAGCUGAGCUAAGAGAGUGUGUUUCCGUACCGGUGAAACGAAACACAUCACUCAUUAGCGGAGAGGCUUCUUGAAAGCAAACUUAGCUCUGUUCCACCACAACAACGCAAAGUGGCACAGAAUUAUCAGUCCCAAUAUAACAAGUAACAGACAAACUGCUGUUAGCUGUUCUCUGACUUCUCCAGUUCAAGUCGAGCCAUAGCAUUCCAUACAGUGUGUGCAUCAUGUCAAAAGCUGGUGCAGCUUAUCAAAAACCAGCCAAGAGCCAGAACACGCGGCAUCGUGGCACCAUCUCUAACCGCCUCAAAGAAAUUCACAUUGAUGAAGAGGUCAAGAUAGCAGUGAACCUCUCUGUGGAGAGGUUCCACUACAGUGAUGAGAAAGAGAUGGAAUUCCCCCCCUCCUUGACCAGUACUGAGAGGGCUUUCAUUCAUCGAAUGGCCCAAUCCCUGGGUUACAUUUCUAAGAGCAAAGGGAAGGGACCAAAUCGCUUCCUUACUAUCAGGAAAAAGGAUGGUUUAGACAAACCUCAGACUCCCAUGCUCCUCAGUCCCUCCCACAAUUCAUUAUAUUUCAUCCACAGCCUGCUUCAGAGAUUUCCCAUCAGCAAGAAGGAACGCAUGGAUCUGCAGCCCAACAACAAAAGUGGGAUGUGUAUGGCUAGAGUGGCAGACAACAGGUCAAGCUGGCACUUAAACAACAGCAUACUAAAGGUGCCUCAGAGGAGGGGUCCAUCAGAACUGGACAGCUUUCGACACUCCCUGCCUGUGUAUGAAUGCCAAGGGGAGAUCGUCCAGCUCAUCAGAGAAAACAGGGUGGUGCUGGUGGUGGGAGAGACUGGCUCUGGAAAAACUACACAGAUCCCACAGUUCCUGCUGGAUGAUUGCUGCAGGAAUAAUGAGCCCUGCAGGAUCCUCUGCACUCAGCCCAGACGUCUGGCUGUCAUUGCCGUGGCUGAGAGAGUGGCAGCUGAGAGAGGCGAGAGUGUGGGCCAGACUGUCGGCUAUCACAUCAGACUGGAGAGAAGGGUCUCCCCCACUACGCAGCUGACCUUUUGCACCAGUGGAGUGUUCCUCAGGACAUUGAUGGAUGGGGAUUCCAGCCUGACAUCUGUCACGCAUGUCAUUGUGGACGAGGUGCAUGAGCGUGAUGGUCUGACUGACUUCCUGCUCACUAAAAUGCGGGAUGUGCUUCAGAAGAUCCCCGCACUGAAGCUAAUCCUCUCCAGUGCAGCUCUGGAUAUAGACCUGUUCCAGACGUACUUUGGCUCCUGUCCCAUUAUCAACCUCAAAGGAAGACAGUUUGAAGUGAAGGAAGUCUUUCUGGAGGACAUUCUGAGGCUGACGGGCUUUAACAAUCAGGAUAUGCUGAAAUACAAAGAAGAGACACAGAAAGAGGAGAGUCAGCAGAAACGGUUGACGGAGUGGUGUAAGGCGGUGGAGAACAGUUCUGUUGAGGAAGAACAGAGGAACCCUGUGUCUGCCUCAGGCUUCCUCCAGGACAGCAGCUCCCUGGACAGAGGGGACAGCGCCUGCAAACAGCCGGUUGAGAGUGGCACCGAACAGUUGAAGCCAUGGCUGCUGAAAGAGAUGGACUCCUGCAUGUCCAACAUUUUCCUCAAUGAAGACCAGGAUGCUUUCAGUCAGCUCUUCAACCUCAUCCUCUAUGAGAAUGUUUACGUGGACUACAAGCACAGCGAGACAGGGUCCACUGCUCUGAUGGUGGCAGCAGGUCGAGGGUUCCUCACAGAGAUGGAGCAGCUGCUCAGCAUGGGGGCCAACAUCAACAUGAAGGCAUCCAAUGGAUGGACUGCCUUAGACUUUGCCAAACACUUCCAGCAGACUGAUGCUAUGGAUCUACUCCAAUCGUCCAUUCCUUUGGCAGUGGUGAGCAGUCUGGAUGAGUCUGCUCUGGUGCAGUGUGGCAGUGCAGAGCUGAGUACUGAAGAUCAGGAGCUGCUCAAACUAUACCACCACAGCUUUGACGAUGAGCGGGUGGACCUGGAUCUCAUCAUGGAUCUGCUGCACAACAUCUGCACCACCGCCGGUGAUGGUGCUGUCCUGAUUUUUCUUCCUGGAUAUGUUGAGAUAGUGGCGCUCAGGGACCGCAUCCUGUAUGAUGAUAAGAGAUUCUCCACCCGUUCUGAGAGGUACAAGGUGUUUACGCUACACUCAGACAUGCAGACUCUGGAUCAGAGGAAAGUGAUGAAGCCCACUCCAUCUGGUGUCAGGAAGAUAAUUCUUUCUACAAACAUUGCUGAGACGAGCAUCACUAUCAACGAUGUGGUCUUUGUCAUUGAUUCGGGAAAAGUCAAAGAGAAGUCCUUUGAUACUCUGAGUCAUGUGUCGAUGUUAAAGACGGUUUGGAUCUCGAAAGCCAGCGCUCUGCAAAGGAAGGGAAGAGCUGGGCGCUGCAGACCAGGGAUUUGCUUCCGCCUCUUCAGUAGACUCAGGUUCAACAGCAUGCUGGAGUUCCAGGUUCCACAGCUGCUGCGGAUGCCACUACAGGAACUGUGUCUGCAGACCAAACUGCUGGCUCCCUCCUCCUGUCCAGUAGCUGAGUUCUUGUCCAAAGCUCCACAGCCUCCUCCUACACAUGCCAUCAAGAAUGCUGUGCAGAUGCUAAAGACAAUAGAUGCUAUGGACCAGUAUGAAGGCCUGACUGAUCUGGGCUGCCACCUGGCUGAUCUGCCUGUGGAGCCCCACCUGGGCAAGAUGGUGCUGUGCGCUGUGGUGCUGAAGUGUCUGGACCCCAUUCUUACCAUUGCCUGUACCCUGGCCUAUCGUGACCCCUUCAUCCUUCCCGCCCAGGCCUCUCAAAAGAGAGCUGCUCUACACUGCCGCAAAGGUUUCGCUUCCAGCUCCUUCAGCGACCACAUGGCCCUACUGAGAGCAUUCCAGGCAUGGCAGAAGGCCCGCAGUGACAGAUGGGAGAGAUCCUUCUGUGAGAAGAACUUUCUGUCCCAGGCCACCAUGGACAUGAUACUUGGCAUGAGGACGCAGCUGUUGGGACAACUUCGCGCUAUUGGUUUUGUUCGGGCCCAUGGGGCCAGUGAUAUUCAGGAUGUGAACCUGAACUCUGGGAACUGGGCCGUGGUGAAGGCAGCCCUGGUGGCUGGCAUGUAUCCAAACCUGGUCCAUAUCGACCCAGAGACCUCCCUGCUCUUCAGCCACAAGCAGAGGAAGAUCCACUUCCAUCCUACGUCUGUCCUGAGCCAGUCCCAGGUCAAGGAGAACAGCCCAGCCUAUCCCACAGACUGGCUGAUCUACGAUGAGAUGGUCCGAGGCCACAGGAUGGCCAGUGUCCGCUGUUGCUCCAUGGUGACUCCCAUCACUGUGGCCAUAUUUGGAGGUUGUGCUAAACUACCCAGGUCUGCCCUGCAGGAACCUGCUGUACAGAAAGACAGUCCACUGGAUGGCAGUGACAGCGAGUCAGAGGACCUGGCUGAGUUGAGGAUUGAUGACUGGCUCGUUUUCCAGAUAGACAGAGAGGCUGCAGGACCGGUGUUUGAACUGAGGCAGAAGUGGCAAAAUUUGUUCAUCAAGAGGAUCCGUUCUCCUUCGAAGCCCUGGUCUGAACAAGACAAGGCCAUCAUCAGCACCCUGGCUUCUGUGCUUUCAGCAGAGGAGCAGCAAGCAGGCCUGCAGCACCCCGCAGGGAUUGGCCAGUGGCCCUCCUCCCUCCUCUCGUCAGAAGAUAGUCCCUGUGCUUCUGUGAAGAACUCCAAGAACAGCACCAACACCUCCAACAACAAGUCUUGUAGGAGUCCAGCAGCCUCAGGUCAGCUUGAGAUGAAAGCCAAUAGCAGAGAUGAGGCCUCACUGCCCAUAAGUCAGCUCUUUGAUGACCCUCACUUCUCCAGUAAUUCCUCCUUCUCUGUGACCUCAGACAUUCCCCCUGAAGCCCCUGUCCCUCCUCCUCUGGAAAGCACUACCAGACUGCACACACCAGUCUAAGGCAAGGUGGCAGGACAACGGAAGAGGGAUGAUUCAUUCCAAAGCAAAAGUUCAACUUCUUCGUCUUCUCUUGUUUCUUAACGUUGUCUAGUUCUAGUUCAAUUUUUUUUUUUGUCAUUCAAAUUUUUAUUUGUUUUAACAUAAUAUCUUUACAAACAUUUUCAAACAUUACAAAUUAUUAGUCUGAGUUUAAACCACUCCACAAGUUCUGGUUUAUUUAUGGUUUAUUUGUACUUAUGUGUAUGAUGUGUGUAUUUUUGCUGUUUAAUACAGCCCAGCCUAUCCCACAGACUGGCUGAUCUACGAUGAGAUGGUCCAAGGCCACAAGGCCACAGGAUGGUCAGUGUCCGCUGUUGCUCUGGUUUAUUAAAACCGGUUACUAUUAGCCAGAGCUCUGCUUUGGUGAGGCCUGGUGGCAUUAUAGUUCUAGUUCAAUUUUUGACUUUUGAGUUGUCUGCAUUGCUGUGUUAAUGGCAUUACAAAAAUAAAUAGU